AUGAACCUUUCAAACAGUAGUGGGGAACCGCGUGAGAACAGAGAGCAGCGCAGCACACGACCAAUCAAGUUUAACGCCGCAAACGCGCGAAUUUUGGCGAAACUGGCCAUCAGUCGACGCAAAGAGGGCCGAGGGGCACUGCCAAAACUGCAAACCCCUCAACAUCACCAUCAGUUCGAUAUGAUAACAGAGGCGGAAUUACAGGAUAUGCGUAUGAAGAUAAACUUGCGGGAACGUGAACGAAUGCAGGACUUGAACCGAGCAAUGGAUGAACUUCGGUGA